CUCUUCAGAAAACCCAGUAGGGGCCUAUAUUACACUUUUGCUUCUCUUUCAGAAAAAACUAGAAAUUUACUCUGUGGAGCUCAAUGGAACUAAAGACAUUACACAGACUGACCAGGGGGAUGACAAGGAGAAGUACAAAGGCCUGAAGAACGACCACUUGGAACUCAAAAAGAGUCAUCAAAAAGAGGGGCUUAAAAAAGAACUUGAUCUGGAUGACCACAAACUCAAUGAUAAAGAAUUGGAACAGAAAUAUGGUACAAACAUCAGCAGGGGUCUCUCCAGCAUCAGAGCUGCUGAGCUUCUGGCUCGGGAUGGACUCAAUGCCCUCACCCCUCCCAAGCAGACUCCAGAGAUUAUCAAGUUUCUCAAGCAGAUGGUGGGGGGCUUCUCCAUCCUGCUGUGGAUAGGAGCCAUCCUGUGCUGGAUUGCAUAUGGAAUUCAGUAUGCCAGUGAUAAUUCUGGAUCCCUAGACAAUGUGUACUUGGGCUCUGUACUUGCACUGGUUGUUAUUUUAACGGGGAUCUUUGCUUAUUACCAAGAGGCCAAAAGUACCAACAUCAUGGCCAGCUUCAGUAAGAUGAUUCCCCAGCAAGCUCUUGUUAUCCGUGAUUCAGAAAAAAAGAUAAUUCCUGCAGAGCAGCUGGUGGUGGGGGACAUUGUGGAGAUUAAAGGAGGAGACCAGAUCCCUGCGGACAUCAGGCUGCUGUCUUCUCAGGGGUGUAAGGUAGAUAAUUCGUCUCUCACUGGGGAAUCUGAGCCCCAGUCUCGUUCAACUGAGUUUACCCACGAAAACCCCCUGGAAACAAAGAACAUAGGCUUCUAUUCUACAACCUGUUUGGAAGGCACAGCAACCGGCAUGGUCAUCAACACGGGUGACCGCACCAUCAUUGGUCGCAUAGCCUCCUUGGCUUCAGGUGUUGGAAAUGAGAAGACGCCCAUUGCCAUUGAGAUCGAGCACUUUGUUCACAUUGUGGCAGGCGUGGCCAUCUCCAUUGGCAUCCUUUUCUUCAUCAUCGCGGUGUCCAUGAAGUACCAUGUCCUGGACUCCAUCAUCUUCCUCAUUGGCAUCAUUGUGGCCAAUGUUCCUGAGGGCCUCCUGGCCACUGUCACUGUUACCCUGUCACUAACAGCAAAACGGAUGGCCAAGAAGAACUGCCUGGUGAAGAACCUAGAGGCAGUAGAGACCCUCGGCUCUACCUCCAUCAUCUGCUCAGACAAGACCGGAACCCUGACCCAGAACAGGAUGACUGUGGCCCAUUUAUGGUUCGACAACCAGAUCUUCGUGGCUGACACAAGUGAAAACCAAUCAAACCAAGCCUUUGACCAAAGCUCUGGAACAUGGGCCUCCUUAUCCAAAAUAAUAACAUUGUGUAAUCGAGCUGAGUUCAAACCAGGACAAGAAAGUGUCCCCAUCAUGAAGAAAGUCGUGGUUGGAGAUGCCUCGGAAACUGCUCUUUUGAAAUUCUCAGAGGUCAUUUUCGGUGAUGUGAUGGAAAUUAGAAAAAGAAACCGCAAAGUAGCUGAAAUCCCUUUUAACUCUACAAACAAAUUUCAGCUCUCCAUACAUGAGACAGAGGACCCCAACGACAAGCGCUUCCUCAUGGUGAUGAAAGGGGCUCCCGAGAGGAUCUUGGAGAAGUGCAGCACUAUAAUGAUCAAUGGUCAGGAGCAGCCACUGGACAAAAGCACUGCUGCGGAAUUCCAUACAGCCUACAUGGAGCUGGGUGGGCUGGGCGAGCGUGUGUUGGGUUUCUGUCAUCUCUACCUGCCAGCAGACAAGUUUCCAGAGACCUACUCAUUUGAUAUAGACACCAUUAACUUUCCUACCUCCAACCUCUGUUUUGUGGGGCUCUUGUCGAUGAUAGAUCCCCCUCGGUCUACUGUGCCAGAUGCAGUUACCAAAUGCCGGAGUGCAGGGAUCAAGGUUAUUAUGGUUACAGGUGAUCAUCCCAUCACAGCCAAAGCUAUUGCCAAGAGUGUAGGGAUUAUUUCAGCUAACAGUGAAACAGUGGAAGACAUUGCAAAACGCCUCAACAUUGCUGUGGAGCAAGUUGACAAACGGGAUGCUAAAGCUGCUGUGGUGACUGGCAUGGAGCUGAAGGAUAUGAGCCCAGAACAGCUGGAUGAGCUCUUAGCCAACUACCCAGAAAUUGUCUUUGCCCGUACAUCCCCUCAACAGAAGCUGAUCAUUGUGGAGGGUUGUCAGAGGCAGGAUGCAGUUGUUGCUGUGACAGGAGAUGGAGUAAAUGAUUCUCCAGCUCUAAAGAAAGCAGACAUUGGGAUUGCCAUGGGGAUAGCAGGUUCUGAUGCUGCCAAAAAUGCAGCCGACAUGGUCUUGCUGGAUGACAACUUUGCAUCUAUAGUCACAGGAGUGGAGGAAGGUCGCCUGAUCUUUGACAACUUAAAGAAGACUAUUGCGUAUACCCUGACCAAGAACAUUGCUGAACUUUGCCCCUUUUUGAUCUACAUCAUUGUUGGGCUCCCUCUUCCCAUUGGCACCAUCACCAUCCUGUUCAUUGACCUGGGCACAGACAUUAUCCCCUCCAUUGCCUUGGCCUACGAAAAAGCUGAAAGUGACAUUAUGAACAGGAAGCCUCGCCACAAGAAGAAAGACAGAUUGGUAAACGAGCAACUUGCCGUCUACUCUUACCUGCACAUUGGUCUCAUGCAAGCCCUGGGAGCUUUCCUUGUAUAUUUCACUGUCUAUGCACAAGAAGGCUUUUGGCCCACCUCUCUCAUUAACGUACGGGUAGAAUGGGAAAAAGAUGAUAUGAAUGACUUAGAAGACAGCUAUGGACAGGAAUGGACAAGGUACCAGAGGAAAUACUUAGAGUGGACAGGCUACACAGCCUUCUUUGUUGGCAUCAUGAUCCAGCAAAUAGCAGAUCUGAUCAUCAGGAAAACUCGGAGAAAUUCUAUCUUCCAACAGGGACUCUUCAGAAAUAAAGUCAUCUGGGUGGGAAUUGCCUCACAGAUAAUCAUCGCACUGAUCCUAUCCUAUGGCCUUGGGAGCGUCACAGCCCUGAGUUUUACUAUGCUUAGGCCUCAGUAUUGGUUCGUGGCUAUACCACAUGCUAUCUUGAUUUGGGUGUAUGAUGAAGUGCGAAAACUCUUCAUCAGGCUCUACCCUGGAAGCUGGUGGGAUAAGAAUAUGUACUAUUAAGACCACAUCACUCUCCAAGUUUCCCAGUAGCAUAUUGGGAAUAUUCUUCAUCUUCUGGCUACUCACUGGGAGAUCUCUUGCAGUACAGACAUCAUC